AUGACAGCGGCAAAUCAAGUUAUUGCGCCGUACACCGAACCUAUUUUGCGGCAUGUACAUAAGCUCUUUGGUGAUAGGUGGUACGGAAGUGACAGUGAGCUCGAGAGAAGCAAGUACAUAUUUCCAAUUGAUGAGGAAGAACUUGAACGCCUGGAUAUAUUUCACAAAUUUUUUCUCACGGUUCAGCAGGAUGUCUUGUUCUCGGCGCCGCUUGAUAGUCGAGCGAACUUGCGAAUACUAGAUCUGGGCACGGGAACAGGAAUUUGGCCAAUAGAUGUAUCUAAGUCAAUGCCACAGGCAUUCGUACUCGGGGUAGACUUCAACAUGAUCCAGCCCAAAAUGAUCCCUGCAACCCUUGAACCCCCCUUGGAACUUGAUAUAGAGAGUGAUUGGAGGACUCUAAAAGACGGCUGGGAUCUUGUACAUGUCCGAACUCUCUUUGGCAGCGUCGGCUGCUGGGAGAAGUUAUACCACAAGAUAUACGAAUACCUUAAACCAAACGUGGGAUAUCUGGAGCAGAUAGAAAUAGAUUGGGUGCCACGAUAUGAUGACGGUACCAUCCCAUACAAAAGCGCCCUCGUUGACUGGACAGACAAGCUGCUGGACGCUAUGGAUCAGCACGGUCGGUCUAUGAGAGUGGAAUCAGAGCAAACGAGGCAGCAACUUGUCCGUGCCGGUUUUUGUGAUAUUCGCGAGUCGUCGGUCAAAGUCUGUUUCAAUCCCUGGUCGAAAGAUCCUCACGAGAAGGAGGUUGCAUUAUGGUUCAGGGCUGGAUUUUGCCGUGGUAUCAAGGCACUGUCCUACGGCCCUAUGAAAACGUAUCUCGGAAUGUCCAUAAGGGAUAUUGACCGUCUUUGCACGCCUGGAUAG